CGGGUGGACCCGAACAAGGUCGAGAACGACGAGAUGCUGAUCGAGCAGCCGGAUGAACAGGAAAACCUGCGGUGGUUUUUUGGCAACCUCUCGCUCGGCGUAGUACCCAGCGCAUCUCUCGACGUUCUUACACCGGGUCGUUGUGUGGCCGGCGGCGCAAGUAGAUCUUCUGGCAGUUCUUGCAGUAGGCCGCGAGAAGGAGCUGUCUAUAAUCAUCCGGUCGGGGUUCACGAUCACGUUCACCACAACGUCGCCGGGCACAACAGUGAGCGCGAAUCAUUUUGCCGUGCGGCUGGUGGCGAAAAUGGCGAUGCAUCAUCGGCUUUCGCCGGCGAACAUGCUGGUGAGGGGGGCGAAGAAGUAGGAGAUCAAGUUCAGGAUCAUAGUCGGUUUGACCUGUUUGACCGCACUGAAGAUGACCGAGACCAGGUUGAAUGUAUGAAUGAACGGGCACUAAGUCAACGAUUCGGAGUUUUGGAACUAGAACCUCAGCGGAUGGUCGUGUGCCCCUACCCGCGCGCAAGGCGGUUCGCCCAGGAGCUGAAUCGCCUAUCCGAAAUCCCCAGCGAGACGAGUCCAUCUCAUGCGGGACAAGGUAUGGAACAAGUAGUUCGCAGCUGCGGUGGCAGCAGCGGAAUAAGCGGUUGGAUACAUCACCAUGACCAAGAAGACACCAGAGGUAAGAAUGCAUGCCGUCAGCAGGGUUGUUGGGCCGCUUCUUCCACAGGCACCGGUGCGCCGCCUCCCGCGGGAGGUACGAGCACAGGUGGCCGCGGGGGAGCAGGGGUCCUGCCGACGUCGGGAAAUCUGCGGCAAAAUCUGAACCAUGUAAUGUAUAAAGUUCCCUCGGUGCAAGCGGUCGAGGAGCAGAAUCAAAAGCUGAACUACUUUGCGGAUGCAGAAGUUGUAGUAGACGAAGCGGCUAGUAGUAGUCCCGAACAGAAAGUAGAUUUCUCGUCCCCGGGGGGCGCGUCGCCGUCCACCUCUUCCUCACCGACAGCGCGAAAUAGACGUGCUACAACUCCGCAGCCGCCAGCUGGUGGUGUGCACCCGCGGCUGCGGCAGUUGUUCAACUCGUGCACCAUAGCGGCGAAGCGGUGGAACCAGUUCACCACGCAAAGAGAACGCCAGAAAGCCCUCAAGAACGCGGUCGAGCAUGAUGAUGCCAAUAUGGUACUUCCGCGUGCGUCGUGUCCGAGCACAACCCGGGCGCGAGCGAAGGCGCUGCUGGGUAGGUAUCGUCCGGUGUAAAAACGUAGACGUAUUCAUGCUGAUCCCACUUUUUUGGUCAUACAGAAACACAUGCCGACGACGCCUAGCGGCGAGUUUAUCAUGUUGUAUAUGGUCUUUUGAUGGCAUUUGGAACCAAUCGAAUUGCUGCGUAAAACAGGAUAAGGCGCCAGCUUUAUUUUUGCGAUGCUACUGCACUACCUAACCAGUACUACAAUAUGUGCCCAGACGAGGAUCACUUGUCAUUCAUGAGGAGUGCCGAAACUUCUGAACUUGGCUAAUGCAGAAAUUCCAACUUUUUGUUCUUGACUUUGGGAAAAUGGAUUAAAAUAUGGUUUUACACACGAUAGCGGGAAGCACGGGUUUAAAAACAUCACGAAGGAGACGCAGGCGGUGUUGCUGAACCACUACAAUCGGCAAUUGAAGCAGUCUUUGUGUGACGAGAGACUGCCAAUAGUACUCGAGGGACAAAAGGAACACGCUUCGGACGAGGAGGACGCAGAAGCACACGAGAAGUUGUCCGGUGGCGGGACGAUAGGGCGCGACGUCGAAAUGGAGGUGGAACGGAAGUCCAGCGGCGGGUCAUCGUCCACCUCCGGUCCUAGCAGUUCUUCCUCCUCGGUGACCUCGCAGGCAGAAGACCACGGACAGACGAAGAGCUCUGGCAUGAUCUCUACUAGCGGCCUGCGUGACAAGCGGUCUGAUUCUGCGGACAGCCUGCCUGAGACCGUGGUCGAGGACGAGGAGACUCUGGAGCAUUUUUGCCCGGUCUGUGGCAAGAAAUUUCAACAAAGGGUAGUACAACUAGGGAACAAUAGUGGAAGUGGCCUAGAAGUUGUAGGCGGACCAUGUGAAGAUGGUGAAGCGUCACAGGUACAACAAGAUUCCUGCACGUGCUGCAACAGUCCGGCUCUGGUACGGCAGCUGUCCCCUCUUCCUCCCCCGCUCGCGCAUCUCGCGCCGCUGAGCGAGGCCGAACUGGCGCGCUUCUUGACGGAUGAGGAGUGGCACACGGCCCGGGCGGCCAGGCGGGGCGAGGGAAUGCAUCCCGGCAUAGAAAAAAUGAUCCGCGAGGACGAAAAAGUUGAAGCUGAAAAUGAAAGUGGUGCUGGAGGAGUAUCACACAGAAAAAAGCUGGCAGGGCAUAUUUGUAAUGCGAAAAUAAAUACACAAAAAAAUCUGUAUUGCAUAUCCAAAACAGCAUGCUAUGGGGCCACCCAUGACAAAUUUUUCUGUGUAUUUAUUUUUGCAUUAGAGCGGGGUAACAAACCUGCCAUAAGAAGUUACCGGCUAACUUCUCAUCCACCCGGCCGGGUGGAUGAGAAGUUAGCCUCAGCGAGCCCGUCCGCGGUUGCUACCGGCUUCCCCGUCGGGCUCGCCGCGCCCGUCCGUCGUUCCCAUUCCCAGAUCUCGGCUGGAGGGGGGGGGGGGUGAGCACAUGUAAAAGGAAUUGAGCACUUUAAUAUAUGCGCGCAAAAGUUGUAAUUCGCGAUAUCUCUCCAAGGAAGUAGCAUUUGCUACGCAUUUCUACUCCUAGAGUCUCUAGCAUGCAUGUAAAAGUAAGUAGCAUUUGCUUGAUAUGCAUUUUCCCCCCCUGGUUCCUUCGUGUUGGUUGGUUUGGUUGAUAUGCAUUUUCCCCCCUUGCGAGUCUGGUUUAACUCGCAACCAAACCAACCAACACGAAGUAACCAGGGGGGAAAGUGCAUAGGUUUAACUCGCAGCCAACUACUCGCGCGCAUACGUGCGUAGACCUCUUGACAUCCGUCUUGAGGUUUAGGGCCGGAGCGCUCUCAGCACUGCCGAAGCUAUAGAACCUGAAGGGAGUGCACGCCCGAAAAGGAUCAGAGCGCAAGGCUUUUUGAUAGCACUUUUUUCCAAAUGGCUUCAGAUCUGGGAAUGGGAACGACGGACGGGCGCGAGCCGGACGGGGAAAGGGGUAGCAACCGCGGACGGGCUCGCUGAGGCUAACUUCUCAUCCACCCGGCCGGGUGGAUGAGAAGUUAGCCGGUAACUUCUUAUGGGAGGUUUGUUACCCCGCUCUUACAAAUAUGCCCUGCCAGCUUUUUUCUCUGGGAUAAGGAGGAAGGGAACACGAUGACAGCUCUGCGUCUCCACGAAGUGGAACAAGUACACCGCUAUUAAAUAAAACCCUGUGUGGAUGUGGCUGCGGGGGUGCCGACAACCCGAAAAUGACAGGCGAUGGCUUCGGAGAAGAGAAAUCUUUCGAGGAUUUUUUCACGUGUGAUGACGGAAGAGCGCACAUGCUUUUCCAUAAAAGCAACGACUCCGCCCAGGAAAGGGUGGGAGGUUGCAAGAUGAACCCGCCGCGGCACACGGUGCCGCACGCCUACUCUGCAGAGGACGAGGCGGAACAGAAAUCACUACGUCCGCCUGCAGAUGGUGCUGGUGAGCCGCAAGAUCUUGACGGGUCAUCGCACCCGCCCCAUUUUUGCGGCAUUUUCAGUCGCAACACGAGCCCCGGACCACCCGAGGAGGACCGCGGCAGUGCCAGUGCGCCGGGCGACGACGACGACGUCGAUGAGGAUGACCUGUAUUCAGAAGCUGACAGCACGAUCAGUAGCAGAAGCCUAGAGAGCAGUUUUGGCGGAAGCAGCAACAGCGGGGCAUCGGUGAAGUCGUUGUCAAAAGAUCUGUGCCCCCGCGGCAAAGGAAAUUCAUUUUCACCUCCUGCCGUCAGUGAAACCGAAAGCCGCGAGGCCGACGAUUAUAGCGUUCCCAAGGCAGAAGAUGUGGACGCGCAUGGCCGGCCGUACCGUGGAGAAUUCGGUCCGGGCUACUACAGACCGCACCCGACUGAGCUGCCGCCCUGCGGGACGAUGUGAGGCAGUAUCAUACUAUGGGAGGUGAAUGAAUAAAGAUGGACACCCAUCGCGGCCGGUUUUCACCAUUUACUUCGGAUCGAAAGACGAUGAGAAUUUCACAGAGGGGUUUAAUAUUGCAUGUUGUGUAAUCUUUCCGUUUUCUAAGGCGACGAUCGGCCGAUCAUUGCAAUAGCUGUGAGACAUAUGGCGAUGUACUAGUAGUUCGACAAUGCAAAAUGAAAAUUAUCUACUAGCUGAAAGUAUACCAAAGAACGGCAAAUAAAAAUGACGAGAUGCAGGACGAUUCCGCUUGCUAGCAAAAAUGCAAAGUGGAUGCAAAACGAAAAGAAUUAAUGAUUUUAUGACUGAAACAACGGCCAAGCGCAAGCUAUAGCUCAGAUAGAAAAACUUUCUUCUGUCUCUGUCAGCUGCAGACUGGAUUUUCCAGGCUAUUUACUUACUCAGAAGACGCAACGUCUGCGUCGUUGACGGUGGCAGUAACUAUCCUGAUAAAAGAGAGGAUAUUGUAUCUAGAGAUAGCCGGCAAAGAACAAUGCGCAAAAAAAUAAUUCUUGCAACGAAAGGAAACAACGGCAUUUAAAAGAGCUGACUAGAAGAUGAUUUUUCAUGUAAUUUACAUUUUGAUAUGGCGCUUUUCUCCCCGAGAUUGGGCAAGACAAAAAAUGCAAUUGGAUUCAUACAACAGAUAAUGAUAAGGAAGAACCGAAAUACAGAGCUGAUAUACUAACGAUAUAAAGAAAGGCCGAGACAACUAUAGCUCGAAAAAAGUGAAAUCGCUGCGUCUGCAACACUGCAGCGGUGUAUCUAUUCCUUUCUCCAUAAUGAAAAUGAUACGCACCAAGGGUGACUCACUAACAAUUUCCAUCACAAAAAAAAUGCACGACAAGUCUAGUCUGAAGAGCGACACUGCAAUUUUCUUUCUCCACUAGGGGAAAGUUGCUUCGCAGCACUGUAAGGUUUCUUUGUUUUCUAUUUGGAUACUAGUGAUGUUAGUAGGGCUUUGUGAAAAAGUCUAAGUCACUAGGUAACGAGAGGUCGUAAAGCUGCUACUUACGCUCGUAUUCAUCUUCCACGUUCACGACAGACUGGUUCGGGGUCGUGUAUGACACACUUUGCCACUGAUAGUAAAUGUCUGGUCGGAUUAGUACUUCAACAGGAGUGCUAAGCCGGCCGGAUUGUUGAACGAAAUUCGGAGGUGAAAUGCGUACUGACACUAAGACUCAAGAUUAUUUCGCAUUAGCUAUAAUUCGUUCCCGCAACCGCAUAACCAUAAGCGAAUCUAUCUUUCAUCUUGUCACGUGAUGACGACAAGGAUCAAGUUAUUACAUCGUAAAUGCACGACCAAAGCAAUAUAUCGUAAAUGCACGCAUGGCACGCUUCUUAGUGACAUAUGCGGCCACCGGAUGAGGCGGUCGCGGUGGCCCUUUUUCUAGUCGAAGACAGCAUAGAAUCUCUACCCUUUAAUCGCAAAAUAAAAGAUUUGUAUUAACCAGCAGUGUGUUAGUGUUUAGCGACAUGCGGGUGUGGCACGACUACACUACUCAGCAGCAAAAUUUUAUACAUAGGUUGGCGUGCCUCAUGACUACAAUGUGCGUCUGUGCGCUAUUCUUGAACAAAUGGAAAUGAACUACGCCGUGGUCACUCGACAUGGCUGCUUGUUGUAACAAUAAAAUCUAGUGACCACUGCACUAGUGCGCAAUGACAUGUGAAAUACUGUUAACUUCUUGCUCUCUCAAGCUAGCCAGGAGAGCAGGUGCCGCAAGUUUAUGCCCAAACACAAGAAGAAAAUCGCAAUCGCCUAAAAUAUGUAGAUGAUAAGUCCAGCCCUGUUGUCACUGCUACACAAGAACUCCGCGGCCCUGGUGGGUAUUUGCUCCAGCUCUGACGACGGUAAUUUUUUCCUUAUCAGGCAGAACAGGCACAGCUUUUUAUGGAAUAGAUUCAAAGGGAAAAACGUGGUCGAAAGGAAAAGAUAAAAUACUCUUAUAUAUCAGUACAGAAUCUGUAGCGGGCCGUGGCUACGCAGUGGCAAGCACGGUCUCGUGGCGGAUUUCGAUUUUUGGGCAACGUUUUCUCGCAGAAGAUGAGAAAAGCAGUAGCGAUAUUAUUUGCGAUUGGUUUCGUCCUCGGGCUGGAGGAGGGAGUAGCACAUCACAGCAGUCCGCCAAAGGGCACACUCCUGCCAGCGUCAUCAUUAUUCUUGUCGGAAGAAGAAUGGACUGGUGGUCUCCUCCAGUUGGAAACUGAAGUGGGCCAUGGCUUCAUUGUCACUGCGAAUACUUUUUGUAGCAUCUUCAAUUCUCUGCAGAAAUGAAGUACUAGGCUGGUCCAGUUGUGGACCGCCACCGCCGAUGUGGAAGUGCCGACGAGAUUUUCUUCAUUCUCCUCGCAUGCUCCGUAGGUCGCUCUUUUUUGCGUUUUUCUUCAUCUGGAAGGAGCGCACGAGCAAAAUUAACCUCACUUCCACAUGCGAUUGAAAGAGCUGAAUCGGAUUUUUUAAGCUCCGCUUUCGUUGGCUGCGGGCGGCAUGGUAUCUUUCAGUUACUGUUUGGGAAUCAACGGUAGACUCCGGCUCGCUUCCUUAAGCGACGACCCCACGUCUAGUAUAAAGAUCAACGUAGUUGUCGUGCCAAGAAGUAGCAAUGGGUCGAUCAGGGCAUUUUCGGAGUGUGGUGAUUAUAGGCGUCGGGAGGUGUUGUGGUAAGUACAAGUAGGGUUUGGAGUUUUCACAAAAAAUUAUCUGCAACACCAUCGUGUUAACAUCUAGCAGGCAGAGGUUUUACUGAUGAAGAACUCUCAUAAAGAAUGAGCAAGAAGCUCUUCUUUGCUCCUGCAUCAAUUCUGUAAAAGGCAUGAGAUUCUCUCUCACCACACCACAAGAGGAAAAAA